AUGGCAUUCAAUCCGGCAGCCGCAGCAGCUGCAUUCAACGCUCAGUCACAUUUGCAGUUAUUUGCUGCUUCACAACCGUCUACACCGAUAAAAACGGAGCAACCUGCGUCUGCAUUGGUUACUAAUGUCCCAGCAGUUACCUCAAUGGGCAGCAAUAUGGAGGAAGUAAAUGUUGCGACCGAUACCACGAGAUUUCUCAAUGCCAGUGGACCGCUUUUAACGCCAGGCGGAUUGACCACUUUUCCGCAUCCAAUGGAGCAAGAAGCUGCAGCAUUUCGCGCAGCCGUGGCCCAAGGUGCCAUUCCUUUCCCAAUCUAUCCUGGUCUGCAUCCAGCAGUACGUCCUUUUUUCAUCAAUUAUAUGUCCAUUAGGUGCUUUUCUAACUGGUUGAAGAAUUACCGAGUAAAUGUAUUUGAUGGUUUGGGAAGAAUAAAGAUAGAUGGCCCCGGAAGACGAAUACUUGAAAUGAAACCAGAAAUGAUGGGUGCAGUCCGUGUGGGCCCGGGUUUCUUCUUUGACCCUAUGCCUUACCAUCCAUAUGCCAGCGGUUUAGAUGGUGUGCGUAGGAAGAAUGCCACGCGUGAAACCACUGCACCACUUAAAUCUUGGCUUAACGAACAUCGGAAGAAUCCGUAUCCGACAAAAGCGGAGAAGAUUAUGCUUGCAUUACUUACAAAGAUGACUUUAACACAGGUUUGACU